AUGGCGGAGAGGAAGCGCGGCGCCGGCACCCGCAAGGAUGAGGUGGUAACCCGCGAGUACACCAUCAACCUCCACAAGCGCCUCCACGGAUGCACCUUCAAGAAGAAGGCCCCAAAUGCCAUCAAGGAGAUCAGGAAGUUUGCUCAGAAGGCCAUGGGUACUACAGAUGUCAGGAUUGAUGUGAAGCUCAACAAGCACAUCUGGAGCAGUGGUAUCCGUAGUGUGCCGAGGCGAGUCCGUGUCAGAAUUGCCCGCAAGAGGAACGACGAGGAAGAUGCUAAGGAGGAACUCUACUCCCUGGUCACAGUUGCUGAGAUCCCUCCGGAGGGUCUCAAAGGUUUGGGAACUAAGGUUGUUGAGGAUGAGGAUUAA